UCCAAUCCCAAUGACCUCCGCUCUGAGUUCCUUGCUCUCGCUGGAUCCAGCCGAGCUGGCCCAGGUUCCAGCGGGCACUCCUCCGCCAGGACAGGAGUCCAACUUUAUUGAUCCUCCAUCUGAGGGUUACUUGUUCCUGGUGGUCGGCAGUCUGGUGUUGGGCAUCAUGUACAUCACCGUGAGCAUGAGUCUCUAUGUUAAACUGAAAGUCCGAAAGCGAUGGGCCCCCGACGACUGGUCCCGCCUCAUAUCAACGAUUGGAGCCACGUUCUACUUUAUCACGGGCGUCUUUGCGGUGGUUACGGCCAGAUUCGGCACGCACAUGUGGAAUCUUUCCGUCGCCCAUAUCCUGAGUGAUUCUUUCAUCAUUAUAUCAUACUUCUCCAAUUGGGAAACGGCCAUUGUGUGGCCGGUCGUGAAGACCACCUUUUUUCUUCUCUACCUCGACAUGUUCCGGACGAUUAGGUGGCAGCGUUACGCCAUAUACUUAGGGCUUUUCGUAAACUGGGGCUUCUAUCUGGCCGUUCUGAUUGCCAGUCUCUACUAUAUCAGUCCUGCGCCAGGCCAGUCGUGGCAGGCCUCGUUCGUGUCGACGCGGUAUAACCACUCACUGUACAUCUCCAUUCCGAUCGCGGUGGGGAGUCUUGUCCUCGACCUGUAUAUUCUGCUACUCCCAAUGGCGCCCAUUUGGAAUCUACAGCUGAAGAUGAGCAAAAAGCUGGGUGUGAUGGCUGUGUUUGCUACAGGAUUGAUCGCCUGUGUCGCUUCCUCUCUUAGCAUUUACUUCAAGACGGUGCUGAACUCUCACGAGACCGACUUCAGCUACUACUCGCUCAAGGUCUUCAUCAUGGCGAUCGUGGAGAUGUGCGUGGGGAUCACCGCCAGCUCCAUGCCAUCCAUGGCGCUGUUCUUCCGUCACCAUGGGCCCCUGUUAUCACGCUUCUUCUCACGCUUCUCCCACACCUCCCAGCAUUCUUACCGCAAACGCUCGGCCAACCGAGACGGCGACCCACUCGAUAACCACACUUCCGACCGAUGGCCAUUGAAGGAUUUCACAUCCCCGGGUAAGGGUCAAUACAACCGCGUGGAAGAGGUAGGAGGCGACGGUGGUGGUGACAACGUCAGCGAGGGUGGCGCCAGCCAAAGUCAUUCUCACGCUGGGUUGAGGAUUCCUGAGGAUCGGGUUUAAUCGGUGGAGGGCUCAUAUCCAAGUACACACAUGUCUAGCUCU